AGCGACGCUUCGCGGUCUUCUUUGGAAAGUACCUACUGCGAAAUAUGUAAUAAUAAAAUACUGAUUCACGUAUUCAAUAAAGCUCAGAGAUGAUGAAAGUACUUAUUGCUAUUCUCUACCUUGCGAGUGCUGCCUCUAGCUUCAUGGUAUUCAAUAUAUUCAAUAUUCCGAAUCCUUAUAUGGAUCUUCCUCUUGACGAGGCGAGUAAGUUUGCAGAGGAAAAUGGUCUCAGCGACAAUGAUAAAGCUCUCCUGAAGCUUCAGUGGUUCGUUAAGGAAUUCAUGUUGAGUUUGGUUGGUGAUGUAAGCGAGGAGGAUACGGCUGUCAUAAAGGAAGUCGUAAAGGAUGUUAUCUCUACCGGACCUAAGAGUUUUGAAGAGAUUUUUCUUGAAGUGACGAAGAAGUCUCCAGAUCUUGGAGCAAGAUUGAAGAGCUUAUUCGAUUUUGAGAAGUUAGCUGCUGAGCCCGAACUGCAAGCGUUUGUUAGCGAUUUAGGGAAACUAGUGUGGAACUUUGACCAGUUCAAAGCAUCGCCUCCUUCUGCACUGGACUACAUUGAAGAGUUCAAUGCCUUAUCUGAUGACGCCAAGGAGAAUAUCAAGGAAAAGUUUCCUGCGGUUGCAGAAUUUUUCACAAGCGAGGCGACAACAGAACGUCUUCAAGAACGCUAGGCAUUAUCAAAAAUCUCUCUUUCAGCUUUUAUGAGACUUGAAGAGCAAUGCAUAAAAAUUGUCA